CUGACGUGACCGUAAGAGCAGACCGUGUGUGCUAUGCGGUGGUUAAUGUUUACACUGAGGGUGAGGGCUAACAGCACGGAGCAGUUUCCUCCUUCUAAACUGUGCAACAUACUGCUCCCCCGACUUUCAUCUAAAAUGGCCUCAGACUCGCAUUGGCUGGCCCCAGCAGAGAGGGAGGCACUGCUGAUGGAGCUGAAGGCCACGGGCUGGGUGGAAGUGGAGGGCCGGGAUGCGCUCUACAAGGAACUGGACUUUAAAACCUUCAAUCAGGCUUUUGGCUUCAUGUCCCGCGUGGCUUUGCAAGCAGAGAAGAUGAACCAUCAUCCCGAGUGGUUCAAUGUUUAUAACAAGGUCCAGAUAACCUUGACAACACACGACUGUGGAGGGUUGUCGAAAAAAGACAUCAAACUGGCCAAGUUCAUCGACAAAGUGGCUCUCACCAUGUAGAUUUUUUUUUUUAAU